UGGGUUUGGUGUAAUUUGUGGUUGUCUAUGUGUGUCCAUGCCUCCCGCGAUAUAAGGUUUCCCUAGUAUGGGACUAUGAGUGUGUGCGUCGACAAAUCGACAAAAAAUUCGAUGUCAAUCAUCUGUUGUUUACACAUUCUCAUACAGGAGAUUUGAUUCGUAGCGAAGGGUCUUCAACACUAAAGGAUUCCGGAUGUCAUGUAUGAUACUACAUCAUUGAUAUGAGGUGUAUAUUACAAAAUAAUCAUUGUGUGUAUAUAUGGUGAAGAAAAACGUCGCGGGAGCACGACAUACUAGAAAGGCAUGGAACUGUCGAUCAAUAGUUUUUUUUAGAACAAAACACCUAGUUAAUCAAGAAAAACCAACGUCAUGUCGUGAUUAACCAAUGGAAAGCUCGGUCAUAGAUUAAUCAAUGGCUCGGUGUCCUAUACACAACUAAUUUAGCAUAUUAUGAACACAGCUGUGUGAUAAGGUGAACUAUGUAUUUUGGGUUGGGCCGUUCUUGAUAAGCGGUAAUAUGGAUUGUCUUUAAUCAGGUAGACUUUAGCAAUAAUCGACCUAAAGGAGACCCACGCUCAAUCGCUGGCUAUUCAAGGAUUGACACUGUACACUGCUACACUACGACGUAGCAAAAUCAUCCCGAAAUUGUGAAAAGUAUUACCACAAAAACUUCCUUUUUUUAUAUCUACAGGUGAAUCGAUUCAGCAUAAAAAUAUAGAACCUUUCUAUGGAUUAUGUACAGAGUGAUAUAAAAAGAUCAAUUGAAUAUUUAAAUCCUUAAGAAUCGUUAGAAUCAUGCAAUCUACUAAAUUGAAAACUGUACUGAAAUUAAAUGUGCUGCAAUGGAAUUUCAUACGAACUGCAGCAGUAAGAAGUGCUACGGUGAACACGACUGAAGAGGUGCAAACGCCGUUGAAAUCAUGGAAGGAAAUCCCUGGACCGCCAUCAUUGCCCAUCAUUGGACAGAUGCUGCAUUUUUUGCCGGGAAAACCUCUAUCGGAUCUAACUAUGAUACACGAUAUUUUAUACAAAACUUAUGGACCAAUCGUUAGAUUGGACUCAGUUCUUGGAAGUGCAGCUCAUAUUUUUCUUUAUGACCCUGAUGCGUGUGCUCAGGUACUUCGUGGUGAGAAUUGGAUGCCAGUGCGUCCUGGAUUCUAUUCCCUGGAAUAUUAUAGGAAAAAGCAUAAGAAAAACCCAGAGAAGCAACAAAAGAUGACCGGACUUAUUACUGACCACGGUGAUAAUUGGAAGGAAUUCCGGUCUGCCGUCAAUCCUGUGAUGCUGCAACCGAAAAUAAUCAAACUGUACAGCAAUGUACUGGAAGAAGUGGCCGAUGAUAUGGUUAAGAGGAUGAGAUCAAUGAGAGACGAGGAUUAUAUGCUUAAAGGUGAUUUUGACGUAGAAAUGAAUCUUUGGGCAUUGGAAUCUAUAGCAAUUGUGGCUUUAGGAGGACGCCUCAGAUGUUUUGACCGAGAUUUAGCUAAAGAUUCGCCAGAAAGACGUUUAAUUCAAUGUGUCCAUGAUCUGUUUAUUAUGGCUAAUGAUUUGGAUUUUAAGCCAAAUUUGUGGAGAUACUUUCCUACGAAGCUAUUUAAGAAAGCGAUGAUUUUGUACAAGGAACAAGAGGAUUUAACAAAAUACUUCAUUCGCAAAGCGAGAAAGGAUUUGGAACACAGCAAAAAAUCAGAUUCCGAAAAGGCAAUACUCGAAAAACUUCUUGAAAUCAACGAAGAAAUUGCUGUGAUUAUGGCAUGUGACAUGCUUUUCGCUGGAGUCGAUACGGCGGCAAACACAAUUACAGCAACAUUAUACCUCCUUGCAAAGAACCAAGAUAAACAGGAAAAACUAAGAGAACUAUUAAAAACAAAAGAUUCAGAUGAAACAGUGAAAUACGUGAAGGCCUGCAUUAAAGAAGGGUUAAGGAUGAUGCCUGUUGUAUCCGGUAAUUUAAGACAAGCGAGUAAAGAUUACGAUAUACUAGGUUAUAGGAUACCGAAAGGGAUGAACGUUGUAUUCGCACAUCAGUAUAUGUCUACUAUGGAAGGCCAGUUUCCAAAACCAAAGGAAUAUGUGCCUGAGCGAUGGUUGGAUAAGGAACAUCCCCUUUAUUACGGAAAAGCCCAUCCGUUUGCCUAUAGUCCUUUCGGAUUUGGAGUAAGAAUGUGUGCCGGUCGUAGGAUAGCAGAGUUGGAGAUGGAGACGUUUCUUGCCAAAUUAAUACAGAAUUUCAAAGUGGAAUGGUUUGGAGAACCACCUAAAAUACAAGCGAGCUCUCUGAACUAUAUUAAGGGACCGUUCAAUUUUAGAUUUAAGGACGUGUAAAACUAUUUAAUAGGACCUUCAAACAUGGUAUUUGUAAUUUUAUCAUAACAAUUGUAAAAGUUAUUACAUUCCAACAUUAAAUAAUGCUUCAUGAUGAUAUUCUAUAAAUAUUUAAAAAGCUUACCUGAAAAUUACCCAUCAAAACUAUUGUAAUUACUAGUGAUAACAAACAAAUCAACUAGAUGGCAACUUAUUGUACAGAUUUUUAUGGCUAGUGCCGACUAUUAUUUUAUUUUGUUUAGGACUAGCUCCAUCUACCUAUAUUAGGAAGCGUUAAUUUAUAAGUUGGUAACACACAAUCCUAUUUAUUGACACGCAUAUUUGUCAACGUUCAGAAAAUAAUUUUAGCUCAUGAUCAAACAUCAUC